AAAGAGCAGAGGAAUAAAAAAGAGGUUGGACCGCACCCGCUUCCCGAAGACCGCACUCCACCACCACCCUCCGCCCCUCCCCUCUUCGCUUCGCUCUCUUCUUCCGCCUUUUUUUCCCCAUUUCCGAUCGGUUCUCAUCCGAAUCUUUGACUAAAAUUUCUAUUAAGCGAAUCCCUAUCUAUUUAUUUCCUCCAAAGCCAAUCCGGGUUUUGGGGAAAUGGAUCUUCCCUUGCUCAAUACCCCCAAAUUUCAUUCUUAUCGGUGCUCGAAUGAACCCUUCUUGGGGCAAAAUAAUACGAUGUCGGCCAUUUCAGGUUUGUGUUAGACCCUUUGGCUGUAUUUGCUGUAGAGAAAUCGAUGGGUUCGGAGCCUGCGAUUGUGGAGAUUAGCUCCGACGAUGAGGAGGAUCUUUCUAUGGAUGAAUUGGACUCGUUCAAUUGGGUCGCUGACAUGCUCGAUCGCACCGAUGGAAGGCUGGAGGAAGUCGACGACGUCGUGGUGGUGGACGAGUUUUCUUCCGCGCCUCCGGCGAAGCAGAAGAAGAAUUCUGAGUCGUUGAGGCCAGGCAUGGUUGCUGCGGGGGACGAGUCCGAUGAUGAUUGCUUGAUGUUGGACUCCGAUCCUAAUAAUCCAGUUUCGGUUGUUGACAAGGGCGACGGAGGAGAUGGGUCGGACGACCUUCUCAUAGUCGGAGAGAAGGGGCAGUUGGCUUGCAGGGAUUUCCCUCAUCCACGGCACCUAUGCGCUAACUUUCCUUUCAGCACCACAUCACAUGAAAAGCAUUGCAACUUGUGCCACUGUUAUGUCUGUGACUCUCCAGCCCCAUGUAUCUACUGGGGCAAUGGUAGUGCGAGCACCGACCAUUGUCAUUCUACAGAUAAAGAUGGAAGAUGGAAAUCACUAAGGCAAUCCUCUAAACAAAAGAACCUCACAACUUCUCAGCCACAGAAGCUUCCUGAUAGGACACUUUCCAUGAUGCCAUCCUUUCAAAACUCAGCACCUCUACGUUGCUCCAACAUGUCCUCACUACCCAUUCCGACAUCCAGAUCAAUUCCCCUCCGGCCUUGCUCAGCCGCUAGAUGUGCUACUCCAGAUCCACCUAAUCAAAGACAUCAGCAGAAUACGGCACCUCUAUCUUACAGUGGUCAGAGACUUGGUCAUCAUCCAUCCAAAUCCCACCCACUAAAUCCCAGAGCAAAAUGUAUACAAAGACAGAUUCAUGUUUCUCGUUCAAUUACUGCUCAAUUAGAGUAUUCCCGUUCAAGAUUUAAAAGGGUCAGGACAGCUCGAGCUAAUCGGUUCCAGAGAAAUGUGCCGCAGAGAUCUCAUUUCACUAUACUAUCUUCACAGAGAUCUCACUGCCCUCCGGUGACAUCACAGAGGUCUCAGUGCUCUCGAGUGACAUCACAGAAGUCUCAAUGCCUACCAGUGACACCGCCACAGAGAUCUAAUUCUGCACCAGUAACUUCUCAGAUAUCUCAGUGCCCAUCAGUAACGUCAGUGGAUGAUAAUGUGAAUCAGAUGUACAGAACUGCACCACAGAGAUCUCAACAUGUACCAGCAAUUUCCCAGUGCCCACCAAUGACUCCAGUAAAUGAUAAUAUGAAAAGUUGGCUGGAUAUACUUGCUAGUGUGGCAUCUGAACUGGGAGUCUCUGAUGGUAACAGCAGAGAUGCUGUCCCAGCUGUUCAAGAACCAGUUUUGGUUUCCUCACAACCCCUGCCUUUCAGUCAAUUUGUUUCUGAGACAAGCGCAAGUCAAGAUGUGGAUCUCUAUGGUCGUUCGGCACCAGAAGUGACCAACAUGAAUUCAUUAGAGUUUGAUUGCAGAUGGUUGAACCCAGCAGCUCAAAGUAUUCAGGAAAAUGAUCAGGAAGUGGAUCCCCAGCUGACAAAUGUACGGCCAUCUGAUUCACUGGUUUCUGGGAGCAAGCAGGAUCCAGGAGAGACUCCGUUGGGUAGCUUUCUAGCCUCUUUAGAGGAGAUAGCAGAGACUGCAAAAGAGCCAGGGCAACCGGAGCUAGAUCCUGUCACACUGCUCUAUGACUUUGAAGCCACAUGGAGUGGCUUAGCACCAGUAUAAUUGUAUGAUCUUCGAACAUCUCUUAGGUUAGGUUCCGUCUUUAACUGUCUUCUCCAUUAUAAAUGCUGUCUGCAAUAUACUCAUACAUUAACUGGGGUCUUCUUCGGCAAGGAUAAGCAUCUCUAGUGUAUGGUCUUGCUGAGAUCUAUCAUACUUUCACUUUUAGUUGCUUACUGGCUAGAAAUUUCUCACUUGGAAUUGAGUAUUCCUGACCAUCUUAUGGCACAUUAACUAGGGUCUUGUUGGGCAAGGAUGAACAUCUCUUCUGGAUAUUCUUGCUGAGAUCACUUGUACUUUUAUUUUUAGUUUAGUAGAAAUUUCUUA